GGAAUCCGCGCCUCCAAACGAAGAGUCGCCGUUUCUAUUCCCCAUCCCCCCCACUCCACCUCACUCCAAGCGUAAAACUAAAACCGUCGGCUCUCUCACAGUCGCUCCCUUUCCCCUAGGGUUUACGCGUUCUCUUCGAUCCGAUGGUUUCCGAGACGCUUGAGGAGGAGAAGAAGAGCUCCGUGGACGGAUCUCCUCCGGGGGAGGGGGAGGAGGAAGCGAAGGAUCCGGCGGCGGCAGCGGCGGCCGAAGGAGAGGAGAGCAAGGAGGGGGGAGAGAAGGAGGAGAAGCAGGAGGAGGAGAAGCGGAAGCGGGGGAAGAAGAGGGGCGCGGGGGAGAAGGGCGGGGAGGAAGGGAAGGAGAAGAAGGAGAGGAAGAGGCGGUCGGUGGCGAGGGAGCCCGCCACCCCGGUUGAACGGCCGUCGAGGGAGAGGAAGGCCGUGGAGAGGUACUCGGCUUUGUCUCCUCGGAGGGCUUCGGCCACGAAAGUUCUUUCCAUCGAGCAGGGUUCUGGAACUAAGCUCAAAGACAUUCCAAAUGUGCUUUUCAAGCUGUCAAAAAGAAAGACAGAUGAGAAUCUUCAAAUUCUUCACACAAUACUCUUUGGAAGGAAAUCAAAUGUACAUUAUCUGAAGAGAAACAUUUUGCAGUUCUCCGGUUUUGUUUGGGCUGACAAUGAGGUAAAACAACGGGCAAGAAUUAAGGAAAAGUUAGAUAAGUGUAACAAGGAGAAGUUGCUUGAUUUCUGCGAACUACUUGAUCUUCACGUUCUGAAAGCCACUACGAAGAAGGAAGAAAUCUCAGCAAAGUUAUUGGAAUUCUUGGAAUCACCUUAUGUUACUAGAGAUGUUGUACUUGCUGAGAAAGAGAAAGGUAAAAAACGCAAGAGAAGGACAAAGGGAAUUCAUCAGACAACAUCUGGAGAAGCAUCUUCAGAUAGAGAAGCUAAGCUCCUGAUGGACAUGGAAAAUGCCUUUUCUGGUGCCCAGAAACAAAGAAAGAGCCGCAAACAAUCAGCUAAAUCUGAGAAAGAAGAUGAAGAUAAAGAUGGGGGUGGUUCUACAGAUGUGAAAGAUGACUCCUCUGAUGAUGAAGAUCAGGGGGAUUCUGAGGAAGAGAGUGGGCAUGCUAAGAGUGAACAGGAUGAUGAGGAAGAUGAACCGGACGAGCCUGUGUCAACCAAGAAAAGAUCUGGGGAGAAGCAGAUAAAAAGGGGUAAGAGGGGCAAGAUGAUAGAAAAAGUUUCACCUGUUAAAAAAGGCUCUCAUGUAAAUUCUGAUAAAGCUCCUACAAAAUCAGUUUUCAAGAUGGAAGAUGAAGCACCUGUAAAAGGCAAAAAAGGUUCCAAGGAGUCAAUAGAGAGGGGUUCAAAGGCCUUGACAAAGGAGAAAGCUGCAACCGUUAAAAGGAAUUCUGUUGCUAAGCGCACCUCAGAAUCUUUUCUAGGUAACAGUACUAAAGAUAGUGAAUCUAGCUCACCAUCGGCCUCUAAAUCCAAAAGAGAAACUGAAAAGAAAGGUCAGAGUAAGGAGGAGGAUAAGGGAAGCAAGAAACAAGCUGCUAGGUCGCAGCCAAAAGUUAACGCCAAAAAACAAGGGAAGGCCAAGGCUGAGGAUGCUAACAGGGGGCCCAGCACAGAAGAAUUGCAUGCUGUGGUCAGUGAUAUAUUGAAAGAAGUGGACUUUAAUACUGCAACUUUGGCUGAUAUUCUCAGGCAAUUAGGUUCUCACUUUAAUAAGGACCUGAUGGAUAGAAAGGCAGAGGUAAAACGGAUAAUUGAAGAUGUUAUAAAUAGUAUGUCUGAUGAUGAAGACGCUGAAGAAGAUGAAGAUGGUGCAGGAGAUGCUGGGGGAGAAGAUGCAAAGGAAGAAUCUGGUGGAGAUGAAGAUAAGUAGCUUAUUUAGACGGUUCAGUACUUCAGUAACUUUGCAGGCCCCACUGCAGUGCAUGCACAGGUUGCACCAUGCAGACUAAUGCUUGCUCCUGUUGGGGUAGUAGUGAUGACCUCAUGGUAGUGGAUAAUUGAUGAUAUAGGUUAGCUUCAAUGAUUUCAUAUGGAGGAAUACCUCUUUGGCUGUUGUAUGAGAUAUGGUAGUAGCCUUUAGUUAUGUAGUUCAAUGUACAUUAGUCUCCUUUUUUUCUAGAUGAUUUUCGUUUAGGUGGUUAGUCUCGACUGUAAUAUGUAAUAAUCAUAAUGUAGCCGUGUUUUCAAGUCUAAUUAGUUAAUUUGAGAUAACAAUAAAAAACUCUUUGAUGCGGUGUUCUUUUUC